AUGUUAAAAAUUGUUAACGGACUUUGUUUGAAAAUGACUUCAAGACAUUAUAUUUUGACAUUAUUUUUAUUUAACUUGUACUUUGUUUCGAUACACGUGAUGGCGUUCAAUCCACUUUUCACAUAUUUGUUACGCUUUACAAGAAUUGAUCUGUAUCCUAAUGUCAGCGGUACUUUAGAAAUCGACGAAUACAAAGGCAAACAUUACAUGAACGGCAAGAUUUUGAUUGACUCGCCGUUGCUAAUAGACACUGUAGUCGGUGUACUCGACCGUUGUGAUCUCGAAGGCAUAAAUUGUGAAUACUUUCAAACGUGGACUCUCGACAACGUCUGUCCGAAAUUAUUACAAAAACAUCAAGUUUGGUCCAGUUGGUACGGCGCUUUCGAUCCGCCAAUGGUCUGUCCGCUGAAUAAAAGAAACUAUGCUCUUAAAAAUGCCACAUUCGCCGUAGAGCCAAUUGUUGCUUUGUAUGGGGAAGCGACAAACUAUCAUUGGAAAGUGAAACAAUUAUUGUACUCCAAUAAAAUUUUAAUAGGCUAUUAUACGGUUCAAUUCAAAUUUUUCGGUUACAGGAAGAAACUUUUCACCAAGCAUGUUUAAUAAUUGUGUUUGGAGUAAAAAACCAUUUCAUUAAUGAUUUUAUGGUUUUCGUUAAACAGCACAUCGUACCUAUUGCAUUGUUAACUCAUA